CAUUUAAGUGAACCGUUGCGGGCUGUCACGUUGCUGUGUGCUCUCACAAUGCGAUAAGCUUCUCGGUCAAUGAUUAAAUAAAUCAUUAAAAUCAGGGUUAUAGUAGAAAACACUUUGUGUAAAGGAGCUGACACGCUAACCGGCGUGACUGCAGGCGACUGCUGUUUGACUUCACCGGACUGAAGGCUUUGGGGCUUCCUGCCGUGCGACACCAUGAGCUCCAGGGUGUGUAAGAGCUGCGGCAGCUCGGACAUCGAUGUUGACCAGGCGCGUGGAGAUGCGGUCUGUAUGGGCUGCGGCUCCGUGCUGGAGGACAACAUCAUCGUGUCUGAGGUGGAGUUUGUGGAGACGGGAGGCGGAGGGUCGUCGGCUGUCGGACAGUUUGUCUCCUCAGAAGGUGGAGGUCCAAACCCGUCUUUCGGUGACGGGCACUUCACAGGUGUGGGCAGAGAGUCCAGAGCUCAGACGCUGCAGAGAGCAAAACAGAACAUCAACACCCUGGGUCACCAGCUGCAGAUGAACAAGCACUGUCUGGACAUGGCCUUCAACUUCUACAAGAUGGCGCUCAUGAAACACCUGACCUGCGGGCGAAAGUCCAUGCACGUCGUUGCCGCCUGUCUGUACAUGGUCUGCCGUACCGAGGGAACACCACACAUGCUGCUGGAUCUCAGUGAUCUCCUGCAGGUGAACGUCUACGUGUUGGGAAAAACCUUCCUCGUACUGGCCAGAGAACUCUGCAUCAAUGCUCCUGCAAUAGGUACGCAGUGUCUUUACCUUUUUCUCUUUAGAUUCUCAUUGCAGGACUUUUUGUUUGACCCUCCUGCAGACCCGUGUUGAGAAUUAGCAUGUGUGCUAAAACCUUCAAACAAUACACCCGGUCCGUCCAGUGUGAUUGUGAUGUCCAUGUCAAAUAGAAAUCUAUCUUAGUAACCAUUAAGUCUUUCUAUUGCCAGGAAA